GCGCAGCGUCGUGCCUUCCUCACUUACAACUUUGGGUCAGCAGUCGCACCUGCCCGCUUCACCGCUGCUGCCAUUUUCCUUUUCCUGUACCACCAACGUCUCUUUUCACUCUCUCCUCUCUUCUUGUCUCUCAACUCUACGCCCGACGUUAUCUAUUUCCUUCCCAUUACACUUCGCACGGACGCGUCCGAGUUGAUUGCGCCGAACAACUCCAACACGGAUGCGAGUACUUGGUCCCAGCCUACAGAAAGCGGAGCGAGUUUACCAGGAUAGUCCACCCGAAUGGUAAAGCAUGGCAACAACCAUGUCCCAAUCGCUUGAGAACGCGCUCAUUGAUCCCGAUGACAAUGCCGCCUGCCACACUCUACACCAGUUGUUGAUCAGAAAGACGACCCCAGCGUCGCCUGCUCGUCCGGCAACUGCAAAGGCAUACCUCGAAGCCUUCUGCGACCAGAGACGCCACGUUAUACGCCGAAGAUGGACUGGACUACUUCUAGCGAGACUACUCGAGUCCUGUCUCGACGUAGCGCGCCACCUGAGACGAACCCCGGACGACCUCUUUCGUAUCGGUGCUGUCAUUCUGGGGCUGAACGAGGCUGAAGAGACGAAAAUAGUGGCGGGCCUGAUAAUUCGGGCCGGACUUUCUCAAGGGAUCAAGUUCUCGGACUUCUGGUCUGAGAAAAAGGUUCACGCUACGUCCACACUCUUCCCCACCGAGGCAGAUACAUCUUGGAUGAAAGCAUUUCAAGAUUACCUGGAUACUAUUUCGGGACUUUCGCCCAAGAGCUCUUCGCCCAAACUAGUACUCUUGUAUCCAGUGGCAUUUACAGCUGCGGACGGUUAUCGGUGGUCACCGCACGACGAGAACCUGCCUCUACUUUUGAUCGAAAGCCAUAUGCUCACCAUCAUCACGCCUGCGUCGGCUCUCCAUGAGAUUGAGUUCGUGUACAUACCGUUCGGAUCUAUCAAAAACGUCCGCUGCAAGCCCUCGAGUCCAUACGACUCCCAAGGUGGAGUGGUGCCGACCACCCCUUGGGCUGUAGUACUAGAGUUCAUAUCGAUCCCUACACCAUAUCAGGUGAACUGUUCGGAACAGUCUGGCAAUGAGUUCACGGUGAUCAUGGAGACCAGGGCGGAUGCUAAAGACUGCGAGCGCUUCAUCAAUGAUACUGUCCGUCCACAGAGGAAUACAAGCGACUUUACAGAUACCCCCAGUCCGGCGCUCAGCAGCGAUUCGAACAAGGGCAAGGUCAUGAAAGGCAGUACACAAGCACUCUCACAGGGCGGAGUAAUCAUGUUCGACAGGUCACAGCGGGAGGGCAGCAUCGUUCAGGGCAGCCAGCAAGCACAUCAAGCCGCUUUAAAGGCAGCCCAAGCUCCACGCACGGAAGCAGCUCACAGCAAAUGUGGUGUACUUCCGGAGGUGAAGAAGUUACUACGUUUGGACAGUCUCCAGUCCGUGCCAGACGCUACGCUCACUGAUUUCGAGUUUCCCGAUCACUCACCAUCGAUUAAGCGACCAUCGAAAUCCAGGACCAAGAAGCUGCCUGUCAAUCGAACUGGAAAUGCAGUCUUGCAGACUUCAGCCCCAAAUUCAAACACUCGGAAGCCCGCUGCAUCGAAGUCGAAGUUGAAGAGCCAGGAGAGAAGCCAGUCGGAUGCCGACGAUGACCAAAUUGAAAUUAUUGACAAAGAGGACGUAUCAGACCCCAGAGCCCAUCAGAUCGAAAAGGCCACGGAGGUAACUAAAGAGUCAAAACCUAUCGACAAAGAAAUCAGAGGACCACAGCGCCGACAAGCAGACGUUUUCGGUAUUCCGGAAGAGAUGCAAGAAGAUAAGAAAGGUGCUCGGGGUACGAGGCGAACACGUGCGGUGCCAAUGACAUACAAGGAAGACACUUCAUCCGAAGAAGAAAGCGCGGCUUCCGAUUUUGUUAAGAGGGAGAGGGCGAAGACGUCUCGCAACCGUGCUUCAAGGACUGUGACCAAGAAAGAACCGUUGUCGUUAUCGCCAGCGAGAAGUGCGACAAGCAAGAGAAGAGCCAGGAAAGCCAAAGCAGGCACAAGGCCGCUGCAGCUGCUGAAGGGCUCUUUGCUAUCCAACCUACAGCCAACGGCAGUCGCCAAAAGAGAUCAUAAGGCCAAACUUGCCGGAGCAGGUGACGAACAGCGCGGUCAAGGAAAGUCUACUGUUUUAGCCGAGACCAAGCACAAGACCCAGGCGCCGAGUGCUCCACGCCAGGAGAACCGGAGCUCUGAGGCGCACAUCUUAGGAAGACUGAAUGAUAUAGAUUGCGACGACGAGCCUGGUAGGACUAAUGCUUUGAAGAAUAAGGACAGUGUAGCAUCGCGAAAACGAACUGCUGCUAGCAUCACGCCUUCAACGCCGCGCUUCAAACGGGCCAAACUGGAUCACGAUGAGAUGAGAGCGAACGCAGAAGUAGACGAGUCGAUGUCUAUGAAACCUCCCAGUACAGUCGCUCCUGUAAGGGUUCUUCAGGAGCCGUCGAGUCCUUGUGGCAGUCGAAACAUGCAGGCUCCGCCUAAACCAGUCUCUGAGGAACCUAUACGCAUGAUCUCACCAAAGACGAAUACUAUGGUACGGUCACGAAAACAGCUUGAUGAGCGUCAAACACCGGUCCACCAGCUCGGCAAGCGGAGUCACUCUGGCAUGUCUGCCAGUUUGGAACUUCUUUCGAGCAACAGCAAACCAACUCCUGCAUCACCUCGCGCAGCCUCCACAGCCAUUUCGGGACAUGCAGACCAGCGCCAGGUCAUCAUGGAGCAGGCGCAAGGCGAGUACAAAAUCGAAAAGAGCGAUCCUUUCCGGGCGAAUCGUCGAAAGAUCAGCGAGUUCACUCGCCGGCUCACGGGAAGCACAGGGCAACAAUCAAAGCCCACAGAAGGAAUGUCUCAAAACCACCCAAUCGAGCUGGGUGAUAGCCCAAGCAGCGCUUCUAGUGAAGCUCUUCCGCCACCGGUACAGAGUCCGGUAACGAAGUCAAGUCAUACCGGCAUCUCUCAACCCAUCGAUAUACUUCAAAUUCGAACACCAAAGCGCUCACGGAGCCGAUUCGUGGAACGAUCGGUUGCCGAAACCCUGCCGACGAUGGAAUCUCCCCAAGUUCACCCCGGCUACCUUUCACGGCACGAAGCGUCUCUCCAUGAUGGUACCCCUCAAAUCAAAACAGGUUAUCCUUUACGGCAAGAAACGUCUCAUUGUAAUGGUAAUCGUCAAGACCACCAAGGAGCGGUAGAAGCUCUUCGUGCUAACAAUUCUGAGAUCGGAGGUGAUACGCUAGUUGACUUCGAGGAACCACCACAAGUUCAGGACGAGGCCUUCUUACCCGACCUUAGGUCAUCGCCUCCGCCAAUGGGUUCACCAAGCAGCCACAGCUCGACUUCUGCAGAAUCUGAACCCAAGACUGAUCCUCCCGUCACAACAUCUCAAGCUGAGGAGAUGGAAUGGGAGGCUAGUCUGCAACCUUAUCAGCGCGAUUUGAAAGACCAACUGCUCCGCGUCUCCAAUCGUGUCUUGCAACACAUUAUUGAUAAUGAGUCUGCUGCUAGCGACAUCGCAGACACCUACGCCAAAGAUGGACGGCAUUCGUUGGAUCUACUGUUCCAGAGCCAUGAGCAAGAGUUCAAUGCCAUGCACAAAGAUGUCAAACAGAAAAAGGCUAAUUUGAACGAGGCCACCGAAAAAGUGUUGUCGAAGCUUCGCCUGGUGCGUCAGACGAUUGAGGACGAGACUGAAUGAAGACUGCCUGCGCACUUGCUAACGAAUGCCUAUCUUCCAUUGUUCCAACUGUUAUGUACGAUACGGCGGUAAUGAUACCAGACAGGACACCCUCGAUGGCGCCUAAAACAUGGAUGGAAAAGGGCAGCAAGGUAUUUUGGAGAAGCCAAGGUUAUGGCAAGAUGAGCUAUUGGGCUGCUGAAAUCUGGAUGGGUUCGCAGCAACCCCGGUGUUCAAGGGCCAUGUCUUACAGCGACAGUGGGCGAUGCCUCGCACCAGUUGUGUACUUUUAUAGUUUCAUCGACUAGAUGUACGACUCACUGAUGAAUAAUCAGUACAUAGGCACGGUGU